CAGUCUACCGGUAUACAUCGCUGCGGGACGGGCGAGUGCAGGUGAACAAUGUCCGCACCGGUCAGCAUUGGUACAUCGAGUACCCAGAGCCGGUAGUCGCCUUAUAUACAACCCAACAUGGGAGUCUGGUAAAAGAGGAGAUAAACGAAGAAACGGCUGCUCCAACAGGUGGGUCUGAAGUUGGCUUAACUCGUGAUGUCACCGUAGGCGUAUAUCGUGGUAGCAUAUACAGUUUACCAAGGGGAGUAGAAGCUCAGUUUCUGGCGUUGGUCGCUGAGGAAUCAGAUUGUCAAGUCGGCGAAGUUGGUUGCAAACCAGGUAAAUACACUAUUCAGAUGGAGGAGAAACAAACCGGCCUAGUCCCAAUCGGGUGCCGGCCAGGACGUGCGUCAUUCCCCGCCUGUCUUGUUGGGUCUCACUCUAUCGAAAGUGUGCAAUCCUCUACACUAGUUCAGUCGGAAACCACCGAUGAUCAAGUAUUGGGAGGAAACGUCGAUGAUGCGUUUGUAUCACCGCAACGUCCUACGCCCGUGCCAACUCCAUCUGCUAUACCCAGUCCUGUCGUGAGCGAGGUUCCUAUCUUGGCUUUUGUAGGAGUCGCCCUGUCUGCCAUGACUGGCACCUUCCUAGCCCUAUUGGCGGGCUUUCUAGUAUGGCGUAAAAUCAUGAAGAAGCCACAAGUGAAACGGACGUUGUCAGACACAUCAUGGACUUCCAGCACGGGAGACGAUAUUCCAUCCCACAUCUCCAAAUCGAAUGGUUACACGUCGAGUGCGGAGAGUUCCUUCUCCAAAUACGAUACGAGCCCGUCGACCAGUAUGAGCAAGUACGACAGAAGUCCUGGUGUCAGCUCGUCGAAAUACGACAGGAGUCCUGAAGUCAGUCUCGACAAAUACAACGAAAGUUCAGUCGGCAGUAUAACUACGAAAAUCGGGCGUAGGGAGAGCAAUGGUAUCGACAAACAACUGUUGGUGACCGAUGCGGCAGGUCGUGUAUUGUUGCGCGAGGUCUCUGUAGCGGAUGGGGCGGAAGGAGUACGCCUACAGGGCAAAAAGCUACCAGAGACAGAAAACUCGCAAAAUAUAGUUAAAGCAACAGAUGGUGAUAGUACGGAUAUUGUGCCGGACGACUGGGAGAGCUUGGCUGAGCCUGAUUCAUUACACCCCGCUGCGUCGGUGACGUUGGAGAGUUUGGAGCGAUCGGGCCCGAUUCAACGACGGCACACUUCGUCUUCAGAGGAGCCGUAUAGAGUGGGAAACUUAGUGGUGAAUCCGAAUGGAGUCUUGGGUCAUGGCGCUCAGGGCACAAUGGUAUAUACUGGGUUCUUUGACCGUAGGCCGGUUGCCGUUAAACGCUUGCUGGCAGAGUAUUUUGAAUUGGCAAAUAUGGAGGUCGAUUUGCUUCAGCAAUCAGAUUCACAUGCGAAUGUCAUUCGCUAUUUUUGCAAGGAGCAAGAUACUCAAUUUCUUUAUAUAGCGUUGGAACUGUGCAAGGGCUCAUUGGCGGACGUCGUGAGUCGCAAAUUCGACACAGGGCUUACGAACAAGGACAUAAUGAAGGACAUGAUGAAUGGCCUGGUGCAUUUGCACUCACUGAACAUUGUGCAUCGCGAUAUCAAACCGGGAAAUGUGUUGGUUUCCUCAGAGAAUCGCAUUCUAAUCUCAGAUUUUGGGCUAUGCAAGAAGCUGCCGGACGACAAAAGCUCCUAUGCUACGCAAGUCAGCGGAACUCAAGGUUGGAUCGCGCCCGAGUUUCUUAUACAUGGCCGAAUGACACGUGCCGUUGACAUCUUCGCAGCUGGAUGCGUGCUAUUCUACCUGGUAUCAGAAGGGUGCCAUCCCUUUGGCCGCCCAUUCGAGAGAGAGAUGAAUAUAAGAAACAAUAAACCGGACCUUUUUGUGCUAGAGGGGCAUCAUGAAAUUUAUGAUCUUGUGAAGAAUAUGCUGCAGUUCAACCCAUCAGAAAGACCUUCGGCAAAGCUGGUGCUCAGACAUCCCUUCUUUUGGAAUGCAGACACUUGCCUUCAGUUCCUCUCCGAUGUCAGUGAUCGAUUCGAGAAAGUAGACAAGGCAGACCCAGCCCUGUUGCAUAUCGAAACUAACGCCCACACUGUUGUUGGAGCUGAUUGGCACAAGCGUUUGGAUCGCCUGCUCAUUGCAGAUCUAAGGAAAUUUCGGACGUAUCGUGGAGACUCCGUGCGGGACUUGAUGAGGGUUAUGAGGAAUAAGAAAAACCACUAUCAAGAGUUGUCGCCUGAACUGAAAGUAGCUAUCGGAAAGGUCCCGAUAGGCUACUAUGAAUACUUCAGGUCUCGUUUUCCCAAUCUAGUUCUACAUGUUUUUAAGUUCAUGCUUGACAGCGGGGAGGACAACGACUACCGAUUUCAUCGGUACUUCGGCUCAAAGGAGUGAGAUCGCAUCGUAGACACAAGGUCUUGAAAAUAUUAUUCGCAUUUGAAUGAAAUAAUACUUGAAAUGUGUCACCCAAAUCUAAAUGUGGACAUAUCCCACAGCAAAUAUUAGUAAUAUCAAAGUCAGUAUGGCCAGAAAGGUGCCGGCUGCCUAAGUAAUCAUAGUGAGCUUCCUAGAGACAAAGUAACUGGACCAAUAAAUGAUAACGGUACAGAAAUG